CGCGGUGGUGGUACCUACCCGCGCGGACUCACAUGAGGUCCUACCACCAGUAAAAGUGUCGUGUUCACAAACCAUCUUCGAUGAAGGAAUAACUUCGUGCGACAAAAUGAGGCUCGCAAAAAUAUAAAAAUUGCUAAUUCUGGGCAGCAGAGUGCUUGUGAGCUGCACGGGUGGGUAGCACCAACCCUGUCGACAUUUGCUGUGAAGCAGUCGUUCGCUCCGGUCGGAAGGAUCAGAUGUUGUUCGAGUGAAGUCACGGCCUGAUGUUUCAAUCAGCUCCAGGAGUACCCAACUCCAGCUCCUCCGCUCAUCCACUACAAUCCAUGAACACGUCCUUCUGAGCGACCGAUUGUACUGCAGAGAUGCGCAACGACUCCUAUUAAUGAUCCUCAUUAACCGCAGCGCUGUUCAGUUCUGCACAGCGCCCCCCACCCUGAGCGACUCUGCCUCUGCGACAUACAAUAUGUCUGUUUGACGCUCGCUAGUAUUCAUUAAAAUUUCGUAAAAGUCCGAUAAGAGUCCGGUGAGCGACGGUCGCCGACCCGCGCCGUCCCGCGCCCUAUCAGCGCACGCGCCUCUCCACGCGGGUCAGACCUCGUCUCGUCCACGUCGCACUCCAGUGCUGCAGUGGCCUCCACGGCUAUUGUAAACAAACACGUGCCCUGUCUAAUCUAUGUACAUAUAUAUAAUUUAUGUUACAGAAUUAACAUUUUGUUUUAUGUAUGUAAAAUAAAUAAAGACCUCUCGUGAAAUUGAAUAAAUAUAUAUAUAGUAUGUGUGGUGUGUGUAUGUGUGUGUGUGUGUCUGUGAUAUAAUUGAUGUCGCUUCUUUGGCUGUGAGCUUGAUCUAGGAGCGUCACAAGGACUCAAGAAGACCAGUACAUGUAUAUGACUGCGCACUACCAUGCUCAGGGAGUCGUUCGGUUUGUAUGUAGUUAAUUUCAGAAGGGAAAAAAGCUAGUGACGCCAGAUAUUAAACAGAAACCAGCUUCAAGUUCAAGUUCAGCCCUAUGUGAGAUAUCGCGCAGCGCGGACGUUAUCGCAACUACGAGUAUAUUAUGUACUUACUACAUGCUCGUAGUACAAGUUCGGUUGUGUCCUCCCUGCUCCACUUCACACACAACUCAACUCAACAGAGAUUGUUAGUGACGUGUUGUCACUAGGGACACGUGUGAGUGUGUAGGCCGUAGCCGCUCGUAACCCGUAGCCCGUAGCUCUCCGUAGGACCCCUCUACGACGCAGCGGGAAGGUCUUCAUUUUUAGGAAUACCAGGUUAUUUGAUAUUAAUUUAAAUAGUAAAUAAAAGUAAUACGUAAGAUGACCCCUGACCGCCUCAAAUCAGAAUAUUUAUUUACACCACGAUAAACCGAUCUUGACUGACAUUGACAGCAUCUAAUGUCCGAAGCGUCCAGUGCCGGAGCCGCAGUAUCCGAGUCGUGAGCGUGCCGAGGGUGCGCCGCGUACCCGACGUCGCCAAGAUGCAUGUGGACAACACCAACAGAUGAUCCUCGGCAAGCAUCCCUCACAAGCAACACAUCUCACAGAACAUAAAUACUGGAACAGUACGCAUCGCUACUUCUAAAAACCUCUUGAAAAUGAUAUUCUAGUAGUGGUAGUAGUGGCAGCAGUAGUAUUAGUUUAAUAUUAUAAUUUCAUUUAGUGAACUAGAGUAAUUUCAUCGACAAGAAUAAUACAAAUUACAAUCUGCACUCGUACAUAAUAUUAAUGUAAUUCGGAUGUCAUUAAACAAACGACAAGACGUCGGGUGCCGCGACUGUUGCCGCCGUCACCCGGCUCACAAUCAAUGGCGGAACGUUCUAGAAUAGUCUGUUAAGUCUAGAAGGGUCUUUACGUAUGCUGCUAGAACACAUUCCAAUUAUUGCAGCAACACUACAAAAACAUACCGAGAUGUCGUCCAAAUAUGAGAAACUACCCUCCGCGGGCCUUAUUACGUUUAUUGCGAACCUAGCACUGAUCCGAGACUCGGGUCUCUCGUACUGUACAGGGCUUACAGAGUGUCGACGACCAAGGAUACAACUUCUGCCCGAAUAUACGGUCUUUAUUGCGAUUUACUAGAAGUCAACAGUGAAUCCACCAAUCCACCUGCCUAAAUAAAGCAACAGAAAUAACGACGAGGGGUUAUGAACAAAUAGUUAUCAUUAUCAAAAUAUGCAAGCAGGGGCUUCAAAGAACUUUCUGUUGCAAUUACACGUACACAGUGAUAACAACACAGAGCUCCGCUCCGUUCGACUGCUCGGGCCGGAACGUUUUGUAACAGGUGUUGUUUGCGAAGCGAUAUAAACGCGCGGAGGAGUACGGCUCCCGUGUUUGUACAAGACAUAGAACAGAAUCCUUCUGCAAACUACGGAGAUAUCAAGAUUAUAUCAUUAACGUAUAAAAGUGUGUGCGGGACGACAGUACGAGGAGUGUCCGCCCGAGGACGGUCGCGUCGGAGCUGCCAGCCGCAUCACCGUCUCGGAGCGCCCAGCCCGGCCGGUAGCCGUACUUGCGCGAUGGCGGUGGGGCAGGACGCGGGCGCCGCUCGUCCCGCCGAGGAGAUCCCCCACGACCACCUGUACAAGGUGACCGGCUUGUCCUCCACUAAUCUACAGAAACUCGCACAAGAACACGCAGCACCCGAACCAGAGGCCGCGGACUUUGAGGAAGCGAUAGCAGCGACGGGAUACGGCAAGUUCAAUCUGUGUCUGAUGCUGUGCAGCCUGCCCGCCUUCUUCAGCGCAGUCUCCGUCACCAGCUCCACCUCGUACAUCUUCUCGCGAGCGCAGUGCGACAUGAACUUGUCUCUCUUGGAUAUGGGAACUGUGACGGCCAUGACUUACGGAGGAAUGAUAUCGUCCGCGAUGGUGUGGGGCUUCCUGUCGGACACGCUCGGCCGGCGCCAGAUCAUGGUGUGGGGCUUCUUCUGCUCCGGCCUGGUCGAGCUCACGGCCGCCAUGAGCCAGAACUUCGCCACGCUCUUAGUCAUGAGGUUCGCCAGUGGCUUUCUGUUCAACGGGCCGUUCGCGGUUCUGAUCUCGUACAUCGCGGAGCUGCACCGCACGGAGCUGCGCGCGCGCGUGAUCCUGCUGAGCAGCCUGUUCUACACGCUCGCCAGCACCACGCUGCCGCUCCUCGCCUGGGCCCUGCUCGACGAUCAAUAUACCAUCACGAUAUAUCCGGGCUAUUUCGUGCUUCAUUCGUGGAACAUAUUCUUGCUGACGACGGGUCUGGUGCCCCUUCUCACGGGGAUCGUCUUCCUCUGUCUGCCAGAGAGUCCUAAGUUCCACAUGUCGCGCGGCAGAAACGAUGAAGCUAUGGCUACCUUCCGCAAAAUAUACUCCCUGAACACGGGGAAGCCUGCUGAGGAGUUUCCAAUAAAGAAGUUGGUGGAAGAAAAGCAAGAGCGUCAGAGGGGCGGAGUGGCGGCGCUGCGGGGCGGAGGGGCACAGCUGGCGCCACUGUUCCGCGCUCCCUACGGCAAGUGGUUGCUGCUAAUGUGCGUGCUGCAUGCCGGAUCUAUGUUUGGGUCGAACACCGUCCGACUGUGGUACCCGCACCUCGCUGCCAUGCUGGGGUCAGACGACGCGGACAGCCUGUGCUCGGCCAUCGCCCCCAGCGCGCCCCCGCCCUCCGACGGCGGCGCGGCCCCGCCCUGCCUCCCCGUACACACGGACAUGCUCACGUACCUGCAGAGUGCGGCAGUGGGCGCGGGCUCCGUGCUCACCUACGGUAUCGGAGGAGUGCUCAUCAAUAGGUGUGGCAAGAAGCUGGUGACCGGUUUCUGCGGCAUAGCGAGCGGCGUACUGCUAGCCGCGCUGCCGUCCCUGGGCACCAGCUCAGUGUCCGUGGUCACCGUGGUGACCGCCGCGCUGGCGCUGACCGCCCUCAGCGCGGCCUCCAUGUCCAGUAUUGCUGUAGAUUUAUUCCCGACGGCACUGAGAGUGAUGGCCAUGGCCACCUUCCUGAUGUGCGGUCGGCUGGGCACCAUCACCGGCGCGGUCGCGUUCCCCGCCCUCAUCGAGUACGGCUGCAUCCCGCCCUUCAUCACGAUAGCGGCUGUCCUGGGAGUUUGCGGCUGUGCUUGCUACCUGCUGCCAAAUACUACCCUGAAGAAAUUAGAAUAAAUUUGAAGGUGAAACAAAUAUAAGGAGAUAAUGAAGGAUAGUGGAGAGCGAAGCGAGAGCCUCGCCCCUUGUCCGCGACAACAAACCAACUGUAAACGAAAUAAUCAAUAAUCUGAACAGCCCGUCUGGUCUAGGCAGGUCUAGGCAGGUCUAGGCAGGUCUAGGUCGGUCGGUGGUGAUGAAGUGUGUAAAUAAAAGGUCUGAACUUUUAAAAA